GUCGGCAUCAUUUAGAACGUCAAAGUGGCAGUUUUCCAAUCAUCAUAUGCAUAUUUUUAAGUGUUGUGCAAAUGUCGGGAAAUAUUUAGCUACGGGUAGUCUUUUACAGUCUAGUAGAGUAUAUUUCAAUAGUUGUCUUGCGUGGCCAUGUUAUCUUUAUUUAUAUUAGGAAUGUGUCAAACAUUUCAUCCUCGAUUUAUGAGUCACGUGACACGUGCACAUCACGUUUUUGGAAUUUGACCUUUGCUGACGUCACAAAAAUUCUCUAGACUGGCGUCUGCCAGAUAAGCCAUUCCACAUCCAUUCAUUCUUUCUUUCUCAUCGAACCUCCGUGAGAGUCUGUCGUUUGUAGUGUGCUCGUGUGGGUGUGUGACACGGGUGACAAGUGCUUCGAGAGUGCUUCACGAGUGUUUCCUUCCAUCUGCCAUCCAACAUUGAACAUUCCUACCAUUUUGACGUAGUGGUUGUCCAGCUGACGUUUGCCUCAUAGGAGGGUUUAAAAUUUGCCCCAUAGGAGGGUUUAAAAUUCUAGAAAAAGCUACCGUAAAACAUGAAAAUUUGGACUAGUGAGCAUAUUUUCAAUCACCCUUGGGAAACAGUGGCAACUGCUGCAUGGAGGAAAUAUCCCAAUCCACACAAUACUGCUGUGAUAGGAACCGAUGUGAUAGAGCGAAAAGUAGUGGAUGGGGAGCUCCACACACAUAGGCUAGUCAGUUCUAUAUGGUAUUUUCCACGAUGGGCACAAGCAUUAAUCGGCAGCGCAAAGAUCUGCUACGCAAGCGAACAGUCCAUAGUGAACCCGUCCGCUCGCCACAUGGUACUCAAAACCAUCAACCUCACUUUCUGUCGACACAUCGCGGUUAACGAAACCCUAAAUUAUACCCCGCAUCCCUCGGAUCCGAGCAAGACGUUACUGAAACAGGAGGCCGUCGUUAUGGUUAAAGGCGUACCGCUCACUCAUUAUAUGGAGGAUAUGCUGGCCAAUAAGAUUUCUAGCAAUGCUGGCAAGGGCCGACAAGCAAUGGAAUGGGUGAUAAACAAGUUAAACGAGGAAGUGAAAGAUCUGACGAGGAGUACGGACGAGAUACUUAGCCAUACAAAGAAGACGAUGGACGAUAUAGCGUCCAGCGCGAAGAAAUCCAUGGAUGGCAUAUCCCAGAAGGCUAAAAAGAGUUUAGAUGAUAUUCAAAGUCUAAAUCUUAGCUAAUUUUGAGCGUUAGGCAAUGCUUUUUUAUUUUUUGUGAAAUAUAUACCGCACCUAAGAGAAUUGUGUUUGAGGUAGACGAUUCCAUCAUUUAGCAGUAACUUUCAUCAUGGCACAAUUUCACUAGAUAUCAAAAAAUAAGCUGACAUGCAGGUGUUACGAAUCUAAUAAGAAUGUACUAUUACCUUAGUUUACUGAUAGUAUUUUUUAAAUUACAUUGAUCUCUGCUCAAGAUCGAUACGUUACUGUUUAUCAACACUUUACAGUUUAUAUUCUUGAUAAUGUGCCAGGUCAUUAAACAUUUCUGAGUUUAUGGGUGUACGAUCGUAGUGGAAUUAUUACUCCAUUGCUUUAUCUGAUUUGAUCUUUAAUAGUUUGCGCGAAUCUGCAUUGACAGUUAUCAGAAGUCAAUUAUGUGUUUAUAGAAAGAUCAAGUUCAAAGUAACUUUUAAAUGCAGCUAAAGUUCAUUGUAUAAAUUCAAGGUCACGGAAUAUUCUUAAUAGAGAAUAAUGUGUUCAAGUGAUUUAGCAUCCUAAAAUUAAACGUAUUGUUUUCUUAAAUACAUAUUUCAAUCUUUCGUUUUCUUAGCAGAUAAAUAUAUGCACACAGUGAGUUUUUAGGUGAGAGAGGUAAUCUAGAAUAUGAAAUCAAGAUUAUUCAUGAAUUGAAAUUUUUUUGUUAAAUGGAGUAAUAUAUAACCACUAGGGUAAAGCGUACAAAUAAAAUAUGCUCUGAUGUAUGAGUAUUUAGAUGUAAUAAAUACCAAAUAUACCAUGACAUGGUAGAAACAACAAAAAAGUUGUAAGUAGCUGUCAAGAUAAUAAUUUAUGCUAGAUUAAGAUCAGAUUAGUUCAUCAUUCGUAUUAUAUAUCAAAGGCUAUAAAGUAAUUUUUUGAAGUGGAAAGUAUUAGCAUUUAUUAAAGAUCAUGAUUGUUAUAAGGCGGGUCGGGUCGUAUAACUUGGAAAUAUGUAUUGUGAUGUUUUAACACCUGUCAAGUUAUUUAUUUAUUCAACAUUCCUACAAUGAAUGUUCCUUUGUACUACAUCCUUUGUUGCAAAUAAAGAGUACAUUGAAGGACGGCUCGAU